AUGUUAGACAGGUACGGGCCUGUCCUAUGGACAGCACUCGCCGUCUUCGUUGUCUACGGCAUCAGAACCAUCAGGAAAUGGCAGUACCAGCGUUUCCAGCAGUAUGCCGACUUGCCUCAGCCCAAGACCUCCUUCAUCUGGGGCCACUUGGCGUUUAUGGGCCAGCUGUUUAAGAAUGCACCGGACCCGAGGCGCCAUCUCGACGACGUGAUACGGGACUACCUCCCCAAAUUGGGCAGCCCGCCAGUUCUUUUCGUCGACCUCCGGCCUGUCAACUACCCCAUGCUCGUCAUCUGCGACCACGACGUUGCUGAACAGAUCACCAAGCCCUCCACAAGGUGGGCCUUGAGCACCCCCAAGUCACCAACCCUCGGUGAUAUAUGGCACCUGACCGGCAAGAACUCAAUUCUCACCUCCGAGGGUGACCACUGGAAGGCUCAGAGGCGGCUGUUCAACCCCGGAUUCGCCCCUCAGCACCUUCUGACUCUCCUGCCCGUCAUCCUAGACAAGACCAGGCUUUUCCUGGACCACCUCGAUCGGUUCUCCCAGACGGGCGAGGAGUUCUGCCUCGACGAGCUGUGUAUGACACUGACCUUCGAUAUCAUCGCGGCAGUGACCAUGGGCCACGACAUCAAUGCCCAGGUCCCCGGGCAGCAGAGCGAGAUACUGGUCUCGUUCAGGGCGAUCGAGGACGAAAACGCUCGCCAUCGAGGCCCCGGCAUCCCCGGCACCAAAUUUCUGAGAGAGCGCGUCCGCCGGAAACAUGCCAAAAAGCUCGACCGGCUCAUGAAGGAUAUGGUCCGCAACGAGUACCAUAAGCUGAGUGCCGGUGGCACCAAAUCCCGCAGCGUCCUGGCUCUGAGCCUGCAAGGGACCGAGCACCUCACCCCUGAGCUCUUGCAGCAGACGAGCGACAACCUGAGGAUGUUCCUCUUUGCCGGCCACGACACGACAAGCAUCCUGCUCCAGUGGGCCUUCUACGAGCUGUCAAGGUCGCCACGGCAGCAGAGGGCGCUCCGCUCCGAGCUGGACGAGCUCCUCGGGCCCGACGCCGACCCUGAUGUCGUCCGGGAGAAGCUGCUCGCGCCCGGCGGCGCCGAGAUCCUGGGCCAGAUGGUCUACACCUCUGCUGUUAUCAAGGAGAUCUUGCGCCUUCAUCCCCCGGCCGCGACGGUCCGGAUGAGCCAGCCAGGGACGAACUUCCAGCUCACCCUGUCCGACGGCAGGCAGGUCUGCCCCGAUGGGUGCAUCCUGUACCUGUGCAGCGGUGUCAUCCAGCGGGACCCCAAGGUGUUCGGCGAGACCGCCAACGACUUUGUCCCAGAGCGAUGGCUCGGUGACACGUCAGGUCUGCCGGCGAGCGCGUGGAGGCCCUUCGAGAGGGGCCCGCGGGCCUGCAUCGGUCUAGAACUGGCGAAUAUCGAGGCCAGGGUGAUCUUGGCAUGCGCUGUGAGGCGGUAUGACUUCCAAAAAACUGGCAUCGGAGAGCUGGACUCGGAUAGUGAUGGCAAGCCCAUCUUGGACGACAAGGGAUAUUACCGGGCAAAGACGGAGCUUUUCAACAGUAUGCAGUUGACGGCGAAGCCUGUGGACCGGACCAUGAUGAAGGUCAAGCUCAGCGACCAGGCCACGAGAACGUGA